AUGGCUAAACAAACCUACUAUCUGCCUCGCGGCUCGCGAAUCCUCGUGACCGGCGCCAAUGGCUUCGUUGGGAGUAAUGUCAUUCACAGCCUGCUUGAACUAGGGUUCCGGGUGCGCGGGACUGUCCGGUCUCCCAAACCGUGGCUCGAUGAGAUGUUCCGGGAGAGAUUCGGGCGGGAUUCGUAUGAGUCUGUUAUUCUUGCCAACUUUGAGGAUGUGGAUACUCUGGCUAAGUUCAUGGAUGGUGUAUCCGGGGUGGCGCAUGUGGCAUCAGAUGUCACUUUCAGCUCGAAUCCGGAAGAGGUCGUACCGUGGGUAGUGAGAGCUACUCAUAAUGUGCUGGAGGCUGCCUCGAGACAUUCCAAUAUCAAACGGGUUGUCUUGACCUCUUCUGCGGUCGCAGUGUUAAUUGCGCAGCCGAACACAGAGGGUAUUGUUGUUCAUGAGGAUUCCUGGAAUGACGAGGCUAUCAAGCAAGCCUAUAACCCGGAUACUCCAGAGUAUCUGAAGGGUAUGUUCGGUUAUGCCGCCUCCAAGACCGAGGGAGAAAAGGCAGCAUGGAGAUGGAUGGAGAAGAACAAGCCGAGCUUCCAAUUUAAUACCGUGUUGCCGGAUUUUACCCUCGGGAGAAUCCUUCACGAAGAGAUCCACGGCUCGACAUCGGGCUGGGUCGCUGCUCUGACGAAGGGAGAUAAACGUAUUUUCGAGACAUUUGUGCCGCAAUACUUCUGCGAUGUUAUCGACAUUGCGCGUCUCCACGCAGCAGCCCUCCUCGACCCGAACACCGUCUCUCGGCGACUCUUCGGGUUUGCUGCUCCCGUGAAUCUCACUGAUAUGAUAUCAGUUGUUCGGAAGCUCCGACCUAAUAAUACUUUGAUUCCUGAACCUCCCGUUGACGACGGACGUGAUCUGAGUGAAGUUAUCCCCGCCAAGGAAGCGGAACGGAUCCUGCGGGAAUUCUGCGGGCGGGAAGGGUGGACUUCGUUGGAGGAUAGCAUUGCUCAGGGACUUGAAGUGUCUCGAAAGAGAUUGGCUUCGUUGUAG